GUGCAGAAACCACGCUGUUUCCUGCAGCUGGCGGAAGCAAACACAACUCAUCUUCUUGAACGCCAUGUUUGUCAAUCUAAACGAGACUUUGACCGCUCGACCUGCCAUAUCCCGCAAGAGUCGCCGGUUCAGGGCUGAAUCGUCAUAAAAGAUCUGAGAGACGACGGAUCGUUGUGUCGUCUAUCGAGUUUCAUCAGACGUAGCUCCUCGACUCUCCGCACACGCCUCCGCCCCGCAACGGGUAUAGGCGUAGAAUAAAGUACAAAUAACUUGUGUGAGUGAGAGUAAAGCAGGGUCUGCCACAAAUGAAUCCAGAAAGGAGCACGAGGAAUCGGCUCCGGGACAGGGGAACGCGCUUUGGCAGUUUAUAUAUGCAAUCCCUAACUUCACAUCCAUUCCUUUCCCUCCGCCUUUGUCCCUCAACCUGCCAUGUUCGACGAGCCUUUGCUCCCCCGCUCUCCAUCUGCUGGGAGCUACAGAAAGGAUGCAGACCCUCCGAAAUAUCGCAUUGUGGAGACCCAAUGGGGGAUUUGGCGCAUUUUGACCGAAUUUCCCGUCAAAAAAGGCUGGUUUUCGCAAGAAUUCGCUCUCUUUCGCAUAUAUCGACAGCUGCAACUUAUUUGGGAGUGCGCGCCAGUUGCGCGCAAAUUCCUUAAAGAAUGCUAUUCCCUUGCCCCACUACACCUCAUCAUAUGGAUUCUUGCGCGUCUGGCGAUAAGUGUGUCUGGGGCCUUAUCCCUAUACAUCUCUUCGUUGGUGCUCGACUUGGUGGAGUCUUUUGUCGAGCGAAGGCGACCAACUCCAGGCCGGUUGAUGUUCGUAGUAACUACCCGGAUAGUGUUCAGUGUAUUCCAAUGGGCGUCCCACGAAAUCCUCGAAUAUAGUGAAAGGGUGGUUCGCGAAAGGCUCAAACGACAAAUGGUCGCAUACAAGGUCCAAGUGUAUUCAAGGCUGGAUGUCCCCACAGCGAAUGACCCAACGGUUCGUUCCCGCCUGGACCAACUGGCUUCCAGUGAUAUUAGCUUCAAAGCUCUUUUUGGGAUGACGGGCACCCUCACGAAACUUGUGACUAUCAUGUCACAAUUGAGUGUGUUGCUUGCAGUUUUUCGUCAUGAAAAAGGAGGUGCUGAAUUUGCUGCGCUGGCGCUCAUACAACCGCUGUUUUUGAUGUUUGCAAUAUCGAACGAGAAUCCGUUGAAUCUCAACGGUGUUUUCGCCGUAUUCCAUGCAAACCCUUACCAUAGGAGAAUGACAACCAUCGAGUCUAUUGUUUCUAGGUCUUCUUACCGGGAAGAGCUGGUGGGGAGUGGCUUACGCAACUACGUUCUUGACGAAUAUAAUAAGGCGGAUAAGGCCCUUGGCGAUACCCCUAUUAAUGAUCCAUGGGACACUAGACCACCCAUCACCUAUUGGAAAUCUAUGCUCCCAUGGAUAACGCUCGAUUUGCCUUGGAUUCUCUUCGCUGUUUAUGCCUAUUACUCUAAUGGAAGCCUUCCGCUGAAGGCACUCAUGCUGUUGGAACAGUCAGUAUCAACCCUGACUUUCCAUGCGCAAGAUAUGAUCCGAGAUGGGAGAUCUAUCGUUACCUGGCUACAGAAUCUGCGCCAAGUAUAUGAUGCCGUUAAAGUGGAAAAUCAGAUAAUGGACGGGAUCUUGGACUACCCCCAACCCAACAGCGAUCCUGACAUGGGUAUGAAGGUUGAAUUCAACAACGUCUCUUUUUCAUACCCUCAGAGUAAUGCGCUCGCAAUCCGCAACAUGUCUUUCAAAAUCAAUCCGGGUCAAAUUUGUGUGGUUGUCGGAGAAAAUGGAUGUGGCAAAAGCAGCACCACGAAGCUUCUCCUAAGAUUAUUUGAUGCAGACGCAGGCGAAAUCAUUAUUGAUGACAGGCCAAUAAAUUCCUAUAAAAGUGAAGACCUGCGCAAGGCAAUGGCGGUUCUGCGUCAAGACUUCGAUGCAUACCCACUUUCGAUCGGUGAAAAUAUAGGGAUCGGCGAUGUUAGCAAUGUUAACGACAUGGAUGAGAUACGAAAAGCGGCCGCCCAGGGAGAGUCCCUCGAGUUCAUUGAGGGCCUACCCCAGAAGUUCGACUCCCAUAUUGAGGGGACGUAUCCGUAUCGUGACACGCUUUACAACGCUCAGCCGGACAGUCUUUUGCAGCAGCGGGUAAGCGAAAUGGUGAAUGACCUGAAGUUGUCUGGUGGCCAAUGGCAGCGACUGGCUCUAUCGAGGACCUUUAUGCGCGCGAACGGGGUGAAGAUGGCAAUAUAUGAUGAGCCAAGUGCGAGUCUGGAUCCCAAAGCUGAGUUUGCCCUUUUCGAAAGACUUCGUGCUAUGAAAGGCCAGAGAACCAUGCUGUUCAUCACACACCGCUUCGGUCAUAUAACCAAAUAUGCGGAUAUAAUCUUGUUCAUGAAAAACGGAACGAUUAUGGAAGCGGGAUCACACGAAGAGCUCCUAAGCGCUGAAGGCGAAUAUGCGUCACUUUACAAUUUACAAGCGCAAGCUUUUGCGCCGCUAUCUGAAGGGACAGAUACAGCUCCCGAAGCGGACACGGACCCUUGGUAUGAUGAUGAUUCAUAAUAACCACUCUUUUCCCCUUUCACCCUACUUGCGACACCCCAUCUCUUCAUCUCUCCAUUCAUUCCGAUGUUUUGGGACUGCCUCAAAACCUUACAUUCCAUGCGCUCUUGAUUUGCUUUCGCUUUCUCGCGUGGAACCCGCUCUACCUGUAUCCUUGCUCUUCCACCCUGUUGUCUCUCGCCUCCUAGGGAACGUGUCGGGAAUCAUUUGAUCCUUCAUAUGUCUCAGCAUUUCUCUCCUUGCCUCCAACACCCGAUUCUUUGCCCACCCACCAAUUCCUGCGGAUGGCUCGGAUUGUGCAAUAGCGCGUAAUAUUCCCCUUGACUUACACUUCACACGUAGCUGCAUUAUUUUGAUCUUUCACUGUCUUCUACAUAACAUCAUCUGACUGCAAUGUGACAUUCAUUGUUGACACAUCAAAAA